UGCGGCUCCCCGGAGCCGGUAACCAGGAAGCGGGAGCAGGAAGCUGCGGCUGGCGCCGAGCUGCGGGCGGGGAGGAUGGCCGGUGGCAGCGGCGGCCCGGCGUGUAAAAACCAUUGCCAUGGACCUCAUCGGCCUCAUAUGCACAACUGUCAUAGUGCCCACGGGGAUAAAGAUCUACCGGUGCUACCGGGACCGUAUCCGAUUGUUGAAGACCCCAGCACCUGUGAUAUUAUCAAGGCUACACAGUAUGGAAUAGUAGAGCGGUGCAAAGAACUGGUAGAAGCAGGAUAUGAUGUUCGACAACCAGACAAAGAAAAUGUGACUCUUCUUCACUGGGCGGCUAUAAACAACAGACAGGAGCUGGUUAAAUAUUAUAUUUCCAAAGGUGCAAUAGUGGAUCAGCUAGGUGGAGACUUGAAUUCAACUCCCCUUCACUGGGCCAUUAGACAAGGACACCUACCUAUGGUCAUGUUAUUGUUGAAAUGUGGAGCGGAUCCCAGUCUUAUUGAUGGGGAAGGAUUCAGUAGCAUUCACUUAGCAGUGCUGUUUCAACACAUGCCCAUUAUAGCUUACCUCAUAUCAAAAGGCCAGAACGUAGACACAACAGACUUCAAUGGACAAACGCCUUUAAUGUUAUCAGCACAAAAAGCAAUUGGACCAGAGCCCACGAGAUUUCUCUUAAAGUUUAACCCCUCUCUCAGUGCUGUAGACAAUGUUCAAAAGAAUACUGCACUGCACUGGGCAAUAACAUCAGGAAAUACUAGUGCAGUGGAUCUGUUGCUGGAAGCUGGUGCUAGCCUGGACGUAAAAAAUGCCAAGGGAGAGACACCGCUUGACCUUGCUUAUCAAAGUCUGAAUCGCUUCAUGGUUUAUAUGGUAAAAGAGGAGGAGAGAAUGAGAAGCAGAAGAAAUAACAGGCUACUGAAAAUAGUAGAGAAAUAUGAGCUCUUCCUGCUGUUGGCGUCUUCCUUGACAUUGAUGUGGGCCAUAGGAUACGUAAUGAACUUAAGUUCUGAUUCUUGGCUUCUGAAAGGAGGUCUGCUUCUCUUCCUGCUAUUUGGAAUGGCUCUGUUUGUGAGGCAAUGUGUGGGGCUCAAGAAUCUGAGGUAUCUUCCCACAGCAUUUCUGCUAAGUUCAGUUUUUUGGAUGUCCGUGACCUGGUUUUUCUGGUUGCUGCCUGGUGUAACCAAUACAAUUCUGGAAAUCGCUGUCGUGUUCAGCAUGGUGGGUCUUCCUUAUUAUUUCUAUAAAACUUGGAGAACUGAUCCUGGAUAUGUUAAGACUUCAGAAAAAGAAAGAAAAGAGAACAUUGUAGCUCUUGCAGAAGCCGGUUGCUUGGACUUCAGAACAUUUUGCACAUCGUGUCUUGUAAGGAAGCCUUUGAGAUCUCUGCAUUGUCUUGCUUGUGAUUCAUGUGUAGCCAGAUACGAUCACCAUUCUGUGUGGAUUGGACAGUGCAUAGGCAUUGGGAACCAUUGUUACUACCUAUUGUUCCUGUCUUUCCUAACUAUGACCGGUGUCUGGCUGCUUUAUGGAACUCUUCUGUAUUGGUCAAGCCAUUGUGCAACAAGUUACCAUCAAGAUGGAGCAUGGGCGUACUUCACACAGAUAAUGCAUUGCUCUCCGUGGGUUUCCUACAUCUUCGCAGUAGCCUGUUUUCAUACUGUAUGGGCUUCAUUGUGGCUAACUGUUCAACUUUAUCAGAUUGCAUUCUUGGGAUUGACCUCACAUGAAAGAAGGAGCCUCCUGAUACAGAGAAGAUCUUCUAAGCAUCCUGUUUCACUCAGGAGAACUCCAUACAAUCUUGGAUGCUUCCAGAAUCUUGCAGACUUUUUUCAGUGCAGUUGCUUUGGUAUGUUCAAACCCAAUGUAGUUGACUGGACCAAGCAAUACAACCUUUUUCAUCUGGCUAAGGAGAAAAAUGUUCAUUCUGUAUGAAGCUUUGCUUAAUUUUAAAACCAUUGAGCUGAAAGCUAAAUAAAACUGGAUAUUUUGUUAAUUUUUA